AUGCCUCUCAUUGAUAAGGUGAUCCCAGUGGAACAAGCUGGCUUCCAUUGUGGCCGCAACUGUACCGACCAGGUGUUGUCCCUCACAACCUACAUUGAAGCAGGGUUUCAAAAGAAACUGAAGACGGUUGCUGUUUUAAUAGACCUGUCAGCGGCAUACGAUACAGUUUGGCGGCAAGGAUUGGUCUACAAGCUCAUGAAAGCGGUAUCAUGCAGAAAAAUGGUGGGGCUGUUAAAUAGCAUGCUUAGCAACCGUGAGUUCAUGGUUUUCCUUGGCGACAAUGAAAGUCGUACCAAAAAGCUGAACAAUGGAUUACCGCAGGGUUCAGUUUUGGCUCCGCUGCUCUUCAAUCUUUACUUACAUGACAUACCUGAAACGCAGAGUCGUAAAUUUAUGUAUGCUGAUGACAUAGCACUUCCUGACACGAAACCUUCAAACCAUCCGAAGGUAUCCUUAACGAAGACUUAA